AAGAAUGCGAGAUCUGGCGAUGCUAAUUCUUAAUCAUGAUUGAAAUGUGAUUCAUUGAAACGCAAAGUAAGAUGAUAACAUUUUGUAUCCAGUAAUUUCAUAUCAUUUGAAUUUCUGUCAUUCAUUCAGGUGUAUCGCACAUUCCAGAUAUCAACUCAAUUCAAAAUCAUGACUUCCUCCCUCUUAUCAACCGGAGGUUAUAAUGUAUGGACAUUUUCCCCUCUUCUUUCUGAUUUCAUGUCAUUUCUUUCUUGCUCACCUCUUUGUACUGUAUCAAGAAGUCUGGUCUCAAAAGUCGGACUUUGAAAUUUAAAAAUAAAUUCAAAACUUAAUGAAUUAUGGACCCUUUUUUCGGCUUCCCUGUAAAGAAAUGUGUCACCUUCGUGGCUGCCUUUCUCUUUCUGUCUUACAUGUGGAACUUGACACAAUCCGUCUUCCUUGUCAUCGCUGGAGCCAUGACCAUUGGUAAAUCCGAAUGUCCUAGUCUUGAAUCGGACACCAUAAGAGAAGAGGGAGAGUCUUUACUAGUUUGGGGCAUAAUCCUGCUUCUUUUCGCCCUGUUGGGUCUCUACUUCUCCAUCAUUUUGUGGCAAGCUGCUGCUGAGAACGACCCUGAGAAAUGUUGCCAUUGGAUGAUUUCGGCCGUCAUCAUACUUGCGUUCAAUUUCCUCUACGUGCUGACCAAUCUGAUUAAUGGAAACCAUGUUUCGAUGUUAUAUGAUGUCAUGGAUGUCAUUUUCUCCUCCUGGUCAAUCGAAGUGGUGAAUACAUUUUGGGAAAAAUUGCUGGCCCAACAGAACCAAUUUCAAUUCAGCAACCCAUUUAACUCCAACGACCGGACUGUUACCUCGUGGAAAUUAAAUUUUGGAAAAUAACAAUAAAAAACAAAUUUGACACGUGUAAUCAAGCAAAACGCAAACCAAUUCAUUAAACCAAGAUUUUCACCAAAGUAUACAAAAAGCAAGGCUACUUCAUCAUACUCAUAAAUUUCGAUGCUCCGGAAACUCUCGACUUGUCGUUUUAUUAUCGUUACUUUCAAAAAACUUGUAAGGAUUUCCGAGGAAGGAAGAAUUAGAAUCAUGUCCAACUAAUUUACAUCUGUACAUAAUCCUGUCAUCUGACUCCAUCAGUGUAUCGCUAAAAAAAUCUUGUGGCAUUUUUUGGCUAAUGCUUAGUUAGCCGAACAAACGCGUCAUCUUCUCAUCUAAAUCACAUCGUAAUAAAUCACUCGUUAUUGCACAAUUUCGUCCAAAUUUUUUGCAAACGUGAGUCUCACAAAAGAGUCAAUUUAAUAAAAUUCAGCUUUCCUGACAAAACCAUUGUUUCAGUUUGCAUUAUUAAUAAGAAGAUGGAUUCAAGUUUUUUUACGAGGUGAAAUUUUACUCGUAAUAAUUAACAUUGGUUGAUUAUCAUUUUCUUAAGUUUGAUAAUUAAGAGACAAUCUGUAAUUAUCACAAAUGUGUGUCGUACUUAUCAUAAUUUAAUAAGUAAUGCGCAAGCCGGUAAUCUAAUCCGAAGUUUUUUUUAUUGCUACCUUUUUGUAUCUCGGUUUUAUGAGAGUUUGGUGUUAUAUUGACAAAAUUUUAAAGUACUUGUCAUAAGAGUGGGAAGAAUAUGCGAAUUAAGAUAAUAGAAAGAAGUAGCAGUUUUAAUAUGUAAAUUACCUUUAUUAAUGUAUCGACAUGUAUACAUAUGUCUUACGAUGGUAUUAUAAACCUUCAAAUAUAAUACAAAAAUCUUAACAUGUGUACUCAAAAUUUAUCCAAUUUUACGACUUGCUAAUUGCACAAAUCUAGUUAUUAUUAUAUUUAAGUUGGAGGUUUACAGUCUAAUUUCGUCACUCGCACUGAUAGUCUUUUGAUUGACCUGAUGUUAUCUUGAUCAAAAUCAGCCAUGAUGGGCUGUCUUCCUCUUCCUGUACAUGAACCAAUUUUUGUAAUGUUGGCAGAUAGCCACAAAAUUGUACUAGAAAAAAUAUAUUUGCUUAAAGAUGAGAUAAACUGUGAGAGAUUAUGUUAAUCCUGAGUUGUAUGCAUAACGCCAGUACUUUAACCAUGCAAUGUGCAUAAUUCGCAGAUUUCGCCGAUGCAAGUCAAAGAUACUAGUAAAUCGUCAUUACCUUUUAUUAUUUGCGAAUUAUUUCACAGGUUUUGGCCCAAUUAUGGUUAGAAAUAUUUCCCAUGAUUGCAUUUACUGGAAUUUCCUUAGUCUUUCGUGAGUCGAUUUUGCUUUGGCUAGUCUAGUUUUUUUUCAGGGCGAAAUGAAUCCUGAUUGCAACAACUUUUAUAUUGGGCAAUCGCAUUUUUAUUUAUCCAUCGCAUAAUCACAUGGCACCUUUGCAUCUCGACUGUAAAAUCAAAAUGUUGACAAUUUCGGAUUAUCCAUUGGAACCUCAUUAUCCCGAAACGGAAGACGGGUACAUUUUGACCUUAUACAGACUUAAUAUCAAUCCACCCAUCUCCACUUCCGGAGAAAAUAACGAGGAUGAAGUUUCCGAAUUAAAAACAAGUGAUCGCCCUCCCGUGUUAUUGGUGCAUGGGAUGAUGUGUGCUGGAACGGAGUGGUUGUGUAACAGCCCGGAGAAAGUUUUGCCAUAUAUGUUAUAUGAACAAGGAUACGAUUGCUGGAUCGGCUGUCUACGUGGUACUCGUCUUACGGGAGCUAAGCCCCAUGUCAAGUACACCAUGAAACAAAAGAAAUACUGGGAUUUUAGCGUGGACGAAUUUGGCUAUUACGACGUCCCCGCGAUGAUCGAUUACAUUUUGGAAGUAACGCAUCAUGAGAACCUCUUUUAUGUUGGACACUCCUUGGGCGCUACUUCGGUCAUCAUCACCCUCUCAUCUCGACCAGAAUACAACGACAAGAUUCGUGCUUGCGCCGCAAUGACGCCCGCAAUUUACGGGGAGCAUUGUAGAAAUUUUUUCUUGACCAAGCUAUCAGCUCCAUUGUAUGCUGUUUUUGCAAAAAGUCGAUUUUUCUACAGACGAGGUGUUUGCCAAAGCUCGUUGGUAGAACUGGUCAAAAAAUAUUGGCCGUGUAUGCCUCGAAAGGAUAAAAUUUGCUCAAAACUGUUCCGAUUUUAUACGCAGAGCAUUCUGAAAAUCAUUUAUAAGAAACAGUUAGAAAAGGAACGACUUCCCCAACUUGUGGAAAUUCUUCCUGGACAAAGUUCGAUGAAAAUGGUGUGUCAAGUGAUGCAAUGCUUAUUUUACAAAAAGGCUCAGGCUUACGACUAUGGGAGGAAUGGGAAUAUGAAAAAAUAUGGUCAGUCAACCCCACCGAGAUACAACUUGGAAAAUGUUACUGCCCCCAUGGCACUCUACUCCAGUGAUCAUGAUUACCUCGUAGGGCAUGAGGAUGUACUCCGACUCUCCAAUGAGUUGAAGAAUGUCAUAAAAUAUAAGAAAAUUGUUGGAAAGUUUUACCACACGGAUUUCAUGAUUGGGUCGGACGCGCAUAAAUUGCUGUAUCCAGACGUUAUUCAAGUUUUCGACAAAUUCAAACUAGCAGACAGUGCUGGCAACAAUAUUUCCACGAAAUUAUAAACCUUUAUCAUUAUGAUGUAUAUUUUUAUAGUGAGCUGAGCAGUUCUAUCAUUAUGAGUGGAUUCUAAAAAAAAAUAAAAAAAACUGUUAUUGGACCUCUUCCUCCAACGAUUAUGGUUUAAGCCUCAGUAGUAAUUGUUAUGAACCUGAUAAACAUAUUUAUUUAUUGCACAAAGUAUUUUCCAACUUAAUUUGUUCUCUGAUUAUCCUUAUAAAUUCAGUCGUAUCAAAUCAUAGCGUUUUUAUUUAAUU